CUUGCUGCGCCAACAAGCGAAUCAAAAGUUAGUGUGUGAUCGACCAGUCACUGCGAGACGUGCCAACGUGAAUCUUCAUUAUUUUCCAAUAAAACACAAAGUACUUUCAGAAAAUGAAGCUUGUAGCACUCUCAGCUUGCGUUCUGAUAUUCGUGUGUGUGGCAGAAUGCAAAGACCUCAUAGUUGGCACAAACCUUAGCAACAGACUGCUCUGGCAGCAGAAGGUGGAAUACAAUGCCAUUCCUCUGAAGAAAAGGGUGAAAGAAGAAUUCUACUCUGACCCUGGACAGCAAAUUAUUAAGGGUAUAAUUGCAAGAGAUUUGGACCACGAUGAUUCAUCGGUCACCAUCACAGCCGGAGGAGUCGGCUCUUCCUUCGUUAACCUGAGGUUCAAGAGUGAGAGGGGUUCAGGUCUAAACUACCAAGUAGAGAUUUACGCGUAGACUUCACAACUGUAAAUACUAGUUUUGUUUUCUAUUGUAAAACAUUAUUUAAUUUAAAUAUAUAUACCAUAGAUAUGAAA